AUGGGGCAGUUCAGGAAGCGGCUGGAUGCCCAGGGCAAGAGACAUGUGGACCUGAAGGCAGCAGAGGGUCACGAGGGUCCCACUGGACACUACUCUGUGAUUGGGGACUAUAUCCUGUUGUCUGGGGACAAGCUGGAGCCUCCGUGUGUGAAGCCCUCCUUCCUGUUACGAUCCAGCAGCCCAAGAUGCAGAUUUGAGUCGAGCUACAACCCCUUUGAUGGUCCCAAUGAGAACCCGGAAGCCGAGCUGCCUCUCACGGCAGGAAAGUACCUCUACGUCUAUGGAGACAUGGAUGAGGAUGGAUUCUAUGAAGGUCUGUGGAUGUGCUGCGGCUGGCGCCUGGUGGACCGUCUGGAAAACAUGAGGAAAAAUGUGGCCGGGGAUGGUGUGAACCGCUGCAUUCUGUGUGGAGAGCAGCUGGGCAUGCUGGGAUCUGCCUGUGUUGUGUGUGAAGACUGUAAGAAGAAUGUCUGCACCAAGUGUGGGGUGAAGACCUCCAACAACCGCCCACAUCCGGUAUGGCUGUGUAAGAUCUGCCUUGAGCAGAGGGAGGUGACGUGGAAGAAAGGAGGGCCCCAGGUCAGAAGCAAGGCCCCGAUCUCUCCUCUGCUCCUGGGCGAGGAAGCCAUGGGCCUCCCAUGCAGGGCCUCUGAGGCACGAAUGAGUACAACUGCCCGGGACUCUGAGGGCUGGGAGCAUGGUCAUGGUGGGGGUGCUGGAGAUGCCAGUCGGAGCCCAGCAGGAGCCCCAGCGGUUCACGCAAAGGCUGCGCAGGCGCAGAACAUGGCGCUUGACGCAUGCACCCACAAUAAACCUCGCGCGCCGAGUUUUGUUGUGUCUUGCAUCCUCCUUUCUCUCGAGUCGCGACGAAGAAGACGAAGACGAAGAAGACUAAGAAGAGAAGAAGACGAACAGAACAGACGAAGAGAACAGGUCCGAGAGCUGGAAGAGAAAUGCCGUGUGCAGAGUGAGCAGUUUAACCUUUUGUCCCGGGACCUGGAGAAGUUCCGGCAACACACUGGGAGUUUUGACCUGCUGGGCAGCAGCUCAGUGGCCUUGCUGGAUGUCCCCUUGGCCCCUGGCAAGCCUUUCCCACAGUACAUGAAUGGACUAGCCACUUCCAUACGCAAAGGUCACGAGGGUCCCACUGGACACUACUCUGUGAUUGGGGACUAUAUCCUGUUGUCUGGGGACAAGCUGGAGCCUCCGUGUGUGAAGCCCUCCUUCCUGUUACGAUCCAGCAGCCCAAGAUGCAGAUUUGAGUCCGAAAUGGACAAUGACCGGAACUCUAACAACUCCAAGCAAAGCAGCUCGGGGAUGUUGCACCUGUGUUUUGCCCGCUACAGCUACAACCCCUUUGAUGGGCCCAAUGAGAACCCGGAAGCCGAGCUGCCUCUCACGGCAGGAAAGUACCUCUACGUCUAUGGAGACAUGGAUGAGGAUGGAUUCUAUGAAGGGAAGCUGUUGGAUGGGCAGAGGGGCUUGGUGCCCUCCAACUUUGUGGAUUUUAUCCAAGACAAUGAGUCACGACUGGCUGGUACUCUGGGGAGUGAGCAGGACCAGAACUUUCUCAAUCAUUCUGGCAUCAGCCUGGAGCGUGAGAGUAUCCUUCACCUUCACUCCCCAACUCAAGUGGACUCGGGCGUCACCGACAGUGGUGGGGGGACUCUGGACAUGAGCAUCGAUGACAUCGGAGAAGACAUUGUGCCUUACCCUAGGAAAAUUACCCUUAUCAAACAGCUUGCCAAAAGUGUCAUCGUGGGCUGGGAGCCCCCCGCUGUACCACCCGGCUGAGGCACCGUGAGCAGUUAUAACGUGCUGGUAGACAAGGAGACACGCAUGAGCCUCGCCCUGGGUAGGAGAACCAAGGCAUUGAUCGAAAAACUGAACACAGCCGCCUGCACCUCGCAGUGCGUCACGAGCCGGGGCAACUCGGACGAGCUACAGUGCACGCUGCUGGUGGACAAGGAUGUAGUCGUAGCGCCAUCUCAGCUACGUGUGGACAACAUCACACAGAUCUCUGCUCAGCUCUCCUGGCUGCCUACCAACAGCAACUACAGCCAUGCCAUCUUCCUCAACGAGGAGGAACUGGACAUCUUGAAGGCCACCAGGUACAAGUAUCAGUUCUUCAACCUCAGGCCUAAUAUGGCUUACAAGGUGAAGGUCUUGGCCCAGCCCCACCAGAUGCCCUGGCAGCUGCCCCUGGAGCAGAGGGAGAAGAAGGAGGCCUGUGUGGAGUUCUCCACACUGCCUGCAGGUGAGCCCCCAGCCCCACCCCAAGAUGUCACCAUCCAAGCUGGGGCCACAGCCGCCAUUGUUCAGGUCUCCUGGAAGCCCCCUGCGCUGACUCCCACUGGGCUGUCCAAUGGAGCGAAUGUCACAGGAUAUGGAGUGUAUGCCAAAGGGCAGAGGGUGGCUGAGGUCAUCGCCCCCACAGCAGACGGCACGGCAUGGAGCUGGUCCGUGGAGCUGGUCCGGCUGCGGAGCCUGGAGGCCAAGGCCGUGAGUAUGCGUACCCUGUCCGCAGGAGAGUCCAUGGAUUCUGCCCUCGCAGCCAUCCCCCCUGACCUCGUGGUGCCUCCAGCCCCCCACCCGAGGACUGCUCCCCCACCAAAGCCAUUAGCAAGUGACCUGGAUACCAAAGACCAACACCUGGGUCCCCACGUCAAAGUGGAUGAGUCCUGGGAGCAGAGCCGGCCACCCGGCCCCGCACAUGGCCACAUGUUGGAACCACCUGACAUGCACAGUGCUGGCCCAGGCAGAAGGUCACCCUCACCCAGCCGGAUCCUCCCUCAGCCACAAGGAGCCACUGUGUCCACCACUGUUGCCAAGGCCAUGGCCCGUGAGGCUGCACAGAGGGUGUCUGAAACCAGCAGGUUAGAGAAAAGGAGCCUCUUUCUAGAGCGAAGCAGUGCUGGGCAAUAUGCCAACUCAGACGAGGAGGAUGGCUAUGCCUCCCCCGAGGUCAAGAGGAGGGGUACAUCUGUGGAUGACUUCCUGAAAGGGUCAGAGCUGGGCAAGCAGCCCCACUGUUGCCAUGGAGAUGAUUACCACACAGAGAGCAGCCGGGGGACAGACCUGUCGGACAUCAUGGAGGAGGAUGAGGAGGAGCUGUACUCAGAGAUGCAGUUGGAGGAUGGGGGCCGGCCCAGUGGCACCUCUCACAAUGCCCUCAAGAUUUUAGGAAACCCCGCUUUGAUGGGGCGAGGAGACCGGAUGGAUCACGUGAGCCGAAGGUAUUCUCACAGUGGCGGAGGUCCUCAGAGGCACAGGCCAGCGAUGGCUCCAUCCAUUGCCCCGAGUCCUGGAAGGACUGGAUCUCAUUCACCAUUGGUCUGGGGACCGCCAGGCAGGGCAAAGGUGUACGGCAAGCGCGUGCUUAAUCGACAGAAAUUGAAUCUCAGUCACGCAGAUGGGUUUUCGGUUCUGAAGUCUGAGAAAUGACCCGACACACCUGAAAACCGCAGGUGCUAAAGACCAUUUGACUACUUAACACGGGGAAGACUCCCGCGUGUCCAGGCACAGGGAACCCAGCGGUAGUGCUUGGUGGUUCCUGCUACACUUAGCGGACCAAACUGGGGGCAUAAUUGUAACAAAUCAUAACUUCAGAGAGUUCGUGACUGAGUCGGGGUCCUGGAGAGAAAUUAUUACAAAAAGAGACAUGCAGCCACUACUCAGUGCCCUGCCAGAUGUGGGCAUGUUCGAUCCUGGCUUCCGGAGCCCCAACACCCAAGUAGCCAACACCAGCCACCAGCCUCCAUCCCGGAACCAGGGAGCCUCUUCAGGCCCUUGGCUUCCUCAGCAGCCCCACUUCACACCCCUGGCCACCGUUCCCAGUAUGCAGCAGAACCUUCUCGUACCAGCACAGAGAUCUUCCGCAGAGACCAGUGAGCUGAGGGCAGCUCUGCUGAAGAUCUUCCCUGACUCUGAGCAGAAACUGAAGAUCGACCAGAUCCUGAUAGCUCAUCCAUACAGGAAAGACCUGAAUGCCCUUUCUGCCCUGGUACUGAACUGAAGGCUGGGCUGAGAGCCCACUGCUGAUGGGGACCAGAGGAAGCUGCCUACUGUGGAGUCCCUUACUGGGGAGAAGCUUUCCAGAGUGCACAGUGCUGCUCUCGGUAGGAGAAGGAAGGGAUGUGUUUUAUAUAUACAAAAGUCUGGAUUUUCAAAGCCAGCUUUUUUCUAUAUAUAAAUUAUGCUGCUAUUACAGAUUGAACAUUUUCUGUAAAAGAAAAGUACAUUUUCUGCCUGUUCAGAACUGUUUAAUAGCAGUUACUCUUGAGUGUAUUUACAACUUUAUGUUUUUUAAACUAUUUUCCUUAAAGCUGAAGAAAAAUUGACAAAUGAAUAUGGUUAGCCUUUCUAAAUAAAAUAAAAAAAUAAAAAAAGGGGAUUGCUUCCUUAAGGAAAGCAAGCCCUCUUAAAGUAUAUUUUCUUGAGGUGAUCUGUUCUGUCCACUCACAUGGUGUGUGCUCCCCUGCCUUCCUCCUUGGAGCUGGCCUGCUCCACUCUUCUGGGUCUUCUCAGCAGCCAUCUGUGAGAGUGCAGAACUGGAGCCACUAGAUGGCACUUGGUGCCUGGCUGUAGUCAGCGACAAGACAAAGUCAGACUCAGAAGAGCAGGGCGACAAUUCAGUCCAUUCAGUUCCAUCCUUCUUCCUCUCCGCUGGAUAGAGAAGGGAAACGAGUCCCAGCGUACUCCCUGAUUGUCCCAGCUCCCUAAUGCCCUCCCCAGCUGAGGCCACCAUGUUCCUGAUCUGAUUCCACAGAAGGUGAGGUAGGAUUGGAGAGUCUGCUGAGGAACUCCCUUCUGUGGCCAGCAUGAGUCCACAGCCCACAAGUAUGGGGAAGAAUCCCAUGUGGAGUUUGUACAGCUUUGCCAAAAGUUUUCUAUUCUCAAGGAUGACCCAAGCCAAUAAAUAGCAUAAGUAGUUUCAGAAGGGGUCUCAAAGCCCUGCUGUUUCCCUCUUCUGUCUUUUAGUGGUCUCUAGCUGCUCUUCCCGAGUCUUUCAGAACCAGUUAUCUCAGUAUCAUCUCUUCUCAGUGUAGCUUGAAUUCUGUGUCUGUGAAACAUUUCCUGGUCAUUCUUAGCAUCUUGACUCUCACCUAGACCUUUUAAGGGCUCUGUGUUUUCCAUCUAUAC